UCACCGGGAUCAAAUGUUGUGACUUCGUCGUCGUGCGUGCUCGGUCUAAGCAGCAAAGGGGUAGCCCUCAACACCGCAUCGUAUCCGCUGUCGGCGAGAGCUAGCUCGCUCGACCGGAGUGUACGAUGGGUUUCCAGGCGCCCAAUACUACCCUUGACGAGCUUGCAAAGGCAAAGAGAAGAGAAGUAGUCGACUCACGACAUGCCAGAUGUCGCGGGCCACUGUGAUAAGGGCCAGAUGUGCGCGCACACUGGGACCAAGGAAUCGCCGGCGGGCGAAGCAGACCUUGACCAGGUACGCGCGGCGCCCCGUGAUAGGUAUCCAUAAAAGACCGCGAGGUCGGAGUGGCCUAUCCUCUUGUGCAUGCGCUUGUCUUCCCACAGGGAGUCAAGACGGCAUGAUCCGGGGCGCUGCACCAUCUGACCCGUUCUUAGGAAAAGCAAAAAUGCGAAAAAAUGCAACGCUUGCUGAACAGCCAAUAAGGAUAAAGGGAAAUAGGAAAAAAAUAGAAAUAAGAAGGGAAGUCGCUGUGAGAACUCAAUCCGAGAUGCCUUGUGUUUUGUUUGUGAUGUUGAAAAGUCCGUGGGAGGUAGAUGAUCAACAUCGGGUAUCGCCAGUGUCGCGUCGCAUUGCAUGACAUUAAGUUAUGGUCGUGGUCGCGUGUCAAGGUGAGGGAGGCAACACGGUUGCACAUCCGAACAUCA